UGGAAACGAAAGCCAUCUUUGGUGUGUACAAUGUCGAAACCAAGAUUAUGCCGAUGAUUAUUUGUGUUGUUGGUGACUAGUUAAGAGGUUUGUCACAGUUUCAAGCAAACUAGUAAAUAAAUGGAAAUAUAACUGUCUGUAGUGCAAUGUAACUGUUAACCACUACGUUGAAAUUACUGUUGAAACUGAUAAAGUAGCAGAAUGUUUAUGGUGGAGUCCGUAGCGAUGACUACGUGUGUGUAUUUGUUUUAUUCGUAGAUGUUCUCAUAUGUACGUUGUGGUGAAGAAAUAGACCAGAUUUGCUGAUUGAAGAGAGUACUUCCAAUAAAGUGGUGACAAAGUUGUAACCAUGGCUGAAACCCCAUUCAGAGGAAAUGGUGAGGAUGACGAAUCAGACGGUUUUGACGAGUCCAUAUUGAAGGGUCUAGAGGUCGUGGAUACGUGGUAUGACGACGAGGAGGAGGAGGAGGAGAAGAGGAGAGGCAGUAUGGAACGACAGACUAGCUCCUCGAGGGCUAGCAGGGAAGUGGACAGAUUGGGUAGGAACGAAGAGAAAGAGGAAAGAAGACACAGGGGAAGAGAACACAGCAAGGAGAGUGAGAAGGAAAGAGAAAGAGAAAAAGAGAGGGAGAGAGAAAGGGACAAACGCCUUAGGGAUAGGGAAUCUACAACAGUAAAGGAAAAGUGGUAUACGGAAAGGACAAGUAGGGAGGACCCCAGGAAAAGACGACUUGAAGAGGCGGAAAAAGAACUGCUCAAAUUACAGCAGAUAAAUGAACGCAGGGCCAAAGAAGGCCGGCCAUUAGUAAAACUACCUGUGAGUGGUAUAAGGCGCACACUGGAGGAAUUAAAUGAGCGUCGGGCAAAAAUGGGCCUACCAUUAUUAACAGUCCCUUGUGAAGAAACACCACCGAAAAGACAAAUAGCACUGAAAGGCCGGGAUACAAAAGAAGAUUAUGCUGGUGAUCACAAGUAUAAGGGUAGCAAACAGUCUGAGGAAAAUCGCAUAGUAAAAUUAGAGCAUUUGGAUGAAGAUCUCCCUGGCACACGAGCAAAGAAAUUACAACUUGCCAGAUACAACAAAGCUUCAGAACGGUCACGGAAUGUAGCGAGAUCAUCUGGCUCUGAUGACAGAUCACAUAAAUACCAGAAUGAUCCAUAUGCCAGAACGAAACAGCCAGAAGACAAAUUAACGAGCAGUCAGAACGUCUGUGUUACACAAGUUUUGAGGAAUGCUCCGGGAAGCUACACGACAUCGGUAAUAACAUACAACACGAACAUAACCAAGGGGUCGUCAGUGUCACAGUAUUCGACUGUUGUCCAGACUUCCAUCGACGACGAUCUGCCAGUCGCUCCUCCUCCACCACCUAAGCUGGGACCAAUAUCUUUCAAGAUAGGUCAGUCGUCAAAAAGUUCUAAGCCCGCCACAGCCUUGGCACUCAGUGAAGAAGAAGAUGACGACGACAAAAUUGAAGAUGAUGACGACGACUUCAAACCUUCUUGUUUAAGUCAGCGCUUGUUGGCAGCAACAAAAUCGCACAAAAAUAUGGAGGUCAGCACUUACAAAAGGAUGGACAACAAGAAGAAAGUGUACACUUCCGAUGCCUCAUUGGAUAGCAUAUCGGAGACAUCAUCGCCAGAAAGGGAUCUUCAGCUGUCCCCUGUCUCAUCAGAUCCAGAAAGGGCCGUGAGUCCAGUUACCCGAACUUCUAAGCUGCGGCACAGGCAAACAUCACAGUCUUAUGCGAGUGAGGCUGCACCUCCUCACUUCUCCCGCCAGAGACGCAGAGUUCCAGUUUCACGGACUCCAUCGCCCCCAGUGAAACGGAAACGCGACAGUCCUGUGGAGACCAAGUUGAGCACGCGUGCAUCGGCAGCUGCCGCGGGGUACAAAUUGUCUAAGGAGCGCCCUCGUACUGCAUCGAUCUCUCCAGAGCCCCACGGUGGUGUGUAUGGGUCACCGUCUGGGCGCGGUGCGUCUCCCGCAGAGCACGGUUCACGUCGAAGGCACCGCUCACCUUUCUGGCGUGAGAUACAGCGCACACUUGCUGAAGAACAGGCACUGAAGCGAAAGCAGAUGAAUGAAAUUGGGUCGCACCAUUCUCCGGUGGCAUCCCACCAUUCUCCGGUGCCACCGUCACAACAGACAAUGUACAGCGGAGGACAACCACUGUACCAGUCUGGGUUGCCUCCGUCGGUGCCCGUGCCGCCUCAGGCAGUCUCCGUGGUGCCUCCCCACCCUCAUCCGCCGGGAGUGGUGAACAGCUACGCACCCCCAGGAAUACCGCAUACGGGUGCUUCACACCACGGGCAACUUGUCGGAUACCCUGUCCAGACUCCACAGCAGUACAUGCCACCCACCAAUCAUUACUACGAGCAGCCGGCUAAUCAGUGGCAGACACAGCCCUGGACACCACAGGGAAGUUACCCGGUCGGCCCGCCGCAGCCGAUUGCAGCACCUGUGGCGCCUCCCCACUCAGCUGUUGCCCCCGCUGUGCCAGUCGCUCCCGUAGCCGCUCCUGCGCCUGUGGCAGCUCCGGCACCAGCUCAGCCGUAUGUACCGCCACAGCCCGUGCCACCCGGAUCUGGAACAUUCAACUUCGUCCCGCCACCAAAGUCUAAAGCCCAGACAAAGCGUGAGAGGCAACUCGCAGAGUUCCAGUUUGUCCGACCUGCCGUCAAACCGACUGUUGACAAAGGACAGAAGCAGAAUCAGGACUACCAAGAAGAGCCAGUGUCGAUGGAACGCUAUCUAGUGCUGCAGAGGUGCCAGGAGGCAAUCCGUUCACUACUUGUGGACAAGGGGCUCGACAUGCCGGGCCGCUUCGUGCUGCGUCAACGUAAUAUCCAGCCACUCUACAUCGGAGGCAGGAGUGUCCCGAGUGACCAGUGCUCACCACUUCUGCGUGACUGGCAUGUGCGUCUUCUCAGCUUUACUGCCCCACCUGUGGGGACAGCACGAUACCUUCUGCAGCAGCAGGAAAGAGUUAAGGAGGCGGCAGCACUGGGGUCAUCUGCACCUGAACCCCCACAGACACAACCUGUCACUCCAAAGCCACCUACCCCAGCCUCAAAGCAAUCCCAGGCUCCACCUACACAAAAGCAGAUGCAUUUGACCCCUCCUGCCACUAAUAAGCCCUCAGCGAAUUUGACACCAGACCUUCUAAGAAAGGAACCGCAAGUUAUUAAGGGCCCAGUUGUGGUAAAAGAUCAGGCGAAGGGAAAAGAGCAGGGGAAGGAAAAAGAGCAGGCGAAGGAAAAAGAGCAGGCGAAGGAAAAAGAGCAGGCGAAGGAAAAAGAGCAGGCGAAGGAAAAAGAGCAGGCGAAGGAAAAAGAGCAGGCGAAGGAAAAAGAGCAGGCGAAGGAAAAAGAGCAGGCGAAGGAAAAAGAGCAGGCGAAGGAAAAAGAGCAGGCGAAGGAAAAAGAGCAGGCGAAGGAAACAGAUCAGGCGAAGGAAACAGAUCAGGCGAAGGAAACAGAUCAGGCGAAGGAAACAGAUCAGGCGAAGGAAACAGAUCAGGCGAAGGAAACAGAUCAGGCGAAGGAAACAGAUCAGGCGAAGGAAACAGAUCAGGCGAAGGAAACAGAUCAGGCGAAGGAAACAGAUCAGGCGAAGGAAACAGAUCAGGCGAAGGAAACAGAUCAGGCGAAGGAAACAGAUCAGGCGAAGGAAACAGAUCAGGCGAAGGAAAAAGAUCAGGCGAAGGAAAAGGAGGGGUUCGAAAAGAAAGCCCAGGAACCGGAGGCAGACAAGAAACAGGAACAUGUUACGAAGCCAGAGCCUGCAAAAGUGCGGAUACUGAACACCGAACAAAAACUGGAGGAGGAAAAGUGCCCAGUGUGUGGUGAACAUGCAGCUAAGUGGCGUAGGAAUGCGUCAGUAAAUACACCGCGUCAUUUUCUCAAGUCUGCUUCUCGUGAUGCACAGGUGCAGGCAGACUUCAUUCCAGUAACGGGGGAGGUUGGUGGUCCACCUGUAAAACCGGCUGUCGAGUGUGGCUCUCAACAGACACAGACGGUGGCACGUGUAGGGUCCUUUUCUUGUUUUGGCACCACAACUGAAAGAGUGAUAGAGCAGAGGCAAAUUCUACGGAAUCAUCUCCACAAGAGACUUCUGCAGUUGUACCAUGAAAAGGUAAUCGGGUGGACUGAGAUGAUGAUGUUACGGAGUAAAGUGAAGAGCACAGUGCAGUCACUCCUUCCAUUGUCACUUGCAUCAGUUAAAGCAAAGAAAGUGGCUCGUUUACAAAAAUUGGCUGCGAAAAAGAAAAAGAAAGAAGGAAGUACCACGAUUGAAGCUCGAGCUGUUACACAAUCGUGUCUUCCGUUGUCACUUACAUCUGUUAAGAAAAAGAAGAAAAAUCUAGUGCAGAAUUUGAACUCUGAAAAGAAAAAGAAAAUGGGUGGUUUGCACAAUUUGAAAGUGCAAAAAGCUGAGAAAAAGCAAAUGAAAUCUUCACCUUUGCGUGGGACAGAAGAGAUUCUAAGGAGUGCAGAACAGGUUAGAUUAGGUAUGUACGUCGUAAGUAAGACACACGUGCAUGGUGAGGGCAAAGUGAAUGCACCUGAUGUAAUGACCGUAGAUGAUGGCACGGAGGAGAUACAAAAAGGCAUUGAGGCUGCUCCUUAUCCAAAUAUUUGUGCUGCAGUGAAAUCAGCUGACAAAACUGGGGCUGCUGGCAAUGAGAUAGGUGCAGGAGAAAUAUUGAGGAGGCCAGGAGCUAUAACACCAACUGCUGAAAAUUUUAAUAACACUAACGAAAAUAACACUACUUCACCAGUGGGUGAUAGUAAUCGGAGUCCAGACCCUGAGAAGCAACAAUCUCAACAAGAGGGUGAACACACUCAAAAUAUACAGAAUCUUGUUUCUUCCAAAUUGUCGGAUAAUGUAGAUGAUAAAAUGGCUGCUAGAGAAAAGACACAAGUAGAUGACACAGGAAAGGCUGAAGUGAAGACAAAUUCAGGAAGACAUGCAGAGGCAGAGAAAUCCCAAAAAGAGAGGACAGAUGAUGUUUCUCUAAAUGCAAGAACACUUGAGAAUCUGUCCAAACGAGAAGGUCGUAGUUCAAACAGUCCAGUGCAGUGUGUUUCCCCCACAUCACAAAAAGAAGAGGAAAGCAAACCAUUAGUUACAAAAGAGAUAUGUUCAGAGAACUUGGAAAGUACUGAAGUGAGAAAAGGUGCAGAACCAGCAAUAGAAAGAGAAAAGAGUCCUUCAAAAGUGAAGCAAGAUGCAAAAGGCAGUACAAAAGAGGUGGUAACAGUAGACUUGGAAAAUACAAAUAUGGAAAAAGAUGCAGAACCAUCCAAAAAGAUAGAGAAGUCUCUGUUGAAAGAGCAGCAAGAUGGCAAAGACAGUAAAAAUGAGGUGAUAACAAUAGAUUUGGAAAGUGGGGAGGUAGGAAAAGAUGCAGAACCAUCCAAAGAGAAAGAGAAGCCUAUGUUGAAAGAGCAGCAGGAUGGAGAAGAUAGUAGUAAAGAGGUGAAAACAAUAGACUUGGAAAAUAAGGGGGUGGGAAAAGAUGCAGAACUGACCAAAGAGAAAGAGAAGCCUGUGUUGAAAGAGCAGCAAGAUGGAGAAGACAGUAGAAAAGAGGUGGAAACAAUAGACAAGGAAAAUGCAGAGGUGGGAAAAGAUGUAGAGCCACCCAAAGAGAAAGAGAAGCUUACAUUGAAAGAACAGCAAGAUGGGGAAGACAUUAGAAAAGAGGUGAUAACAAUAGAUUUGGAAAAUAUGGAGGUGGAAAAAGAUGCAGAACCAUUCAAAGAGAAAGAGAAGCCUAUGUUGAAAGAGCAGAAAGAUGGAGAAGACAGUAGUAGAGAGGUGAAAAAGGCAGACAUGGAAAAUUUGGAAAUGGGAAAAGGUGCAGAAUCAUCUAAAGAAAAAGAAAAGCCUGUGUUGAUAGAACAGCAAAAUGGAGAAGACAUAAAGAAAGAUGUGGUAACAAUAGGCCUUGAAAAUAAGAAUAUGGGAAAAGAUUUAGAACCCUCCAAAGAGGAAGAGAGGCUUGUGUCAAAAGAGCAGGAAUGUGGUGAAAAUAGUAAGAAGAAAGAGGUGAUAACUAUAGAUUUGGAAAGUGAGGAGGUAGGAAAAGAUGCAGAACCACCGAAAGAGAAAGAUAAACCUGUGUUGAAAGAGCAGCAAGGUAGUGAAAACCUUAAAAAAGACAAGAGCUCAGAUGAUGUGGAAAGUGCUAAAAUGGACAAAGGUGCAGAGUCAUCUAAAGAGAAAAAGAAAUCACCUUUCAAAGAAAAGAGGGAUGGAGAAGACAGUAUAAAAGAAGUUGUAACAGUAGACUUGGAAGAUACAAAAGUGGAAAAAGAUACACAACCACCCAAAGAGGAAGGGAAGUCUCUGUUGAAAGAGCAGCAAGAUGGCAAAGACAGUAAAAAUGAGGUGAUAACAAUAGAUUUGGAAAGUGGGGAGGUAGGAAAAGAUGCAGAACCAUCCAAAGAGAAAGAGAAGCCUAUGUUGAAAGAGCAGCAGGAUGGAGAAGAUAGUAGUAAAGAGGUGAAAACAAUAGACUUGGAAAAUAAGGGGGUGGGAAAAGAUGCAGAACCAACCAAAGAGAAAGAGAAGCCUGUGUUGAAACAGCAGCAAGAUGGCAAAGACUUUUUAGGCGGGAGUUCAAAUGAUGCAGAAAGUAGUAAGAUGGACAAAUAUGCAGAGUCAUCCAAAGAGAUGGGGAAUUCUGAUAUUAAACGGAAACGAGAGGAAGGUGAAGGAAACAGUAAAAAAUUGUGUUCCUCAGACACAGACAGUACCGAGAUGAAAAAAAAAGCAGAACUACCAAGAGAGAAAUCUCCUUCCAAAGAGAAGCAAGAUGGAGACCAUAAAAAAGAUAUGAGUUCAGAUGUCUCAGAAAAUUCUAAGUUGGGAAAAAAUACAGAGCAAUCUAAAGAGGAGAAGUCAUCUUCAAAAGAGGAGCAAGACGGUGGACGUAAUAAAAAAGACGCGGGUGUAAAGAGCUCAGAUAUUUCUGAGGUGGAAGGAGGUGCUGAGUCAUGUAGAAAGAGGGAAAAAUCUCCUCCUAAACGAAAGAGAGAUGAGGCUAGUUCUAGGGAAGGCUCACCUCCUCACAAGGCUAAACGAGCUGGCAGCCCAGCAGGACAAGUGAAGGAUACUGCUUCCGGCAGUCGUCCGCCAAAUACCGAAGGGGACUGGCGUGGGUCUAGCAGUCGUGGAAGGGGUCGAGGCUCCGAAAGUAUAAGGGGCGAUCGUGGAAGGGGCAGAGGUAUGGACGAGAGAGGCUCUGGCAGGUGGAAGGGACGGCCAGAGGAAGAUGAUUUUGGUUCUUCGGGCAGAGGUAGGGGUCGAUACCGCAGUAGCCCCCCUCUGUGGGACAGGUCGGGGCGAGGCAGUUCGCCUCCGUUGGACAGGUCGGGGCGAGGCAGUUCGCCUCCAUGGGACAGGCCAAGUCGUGGCAGCCCCACUCCGUGGGACAGGUCGGGUCGUGGCAGCCCCCCUCCGUGGGACAGGUCGGGUCGUGGCAGCCCCCCUCCGUGGGACAGGUCAGGGGGAGGCAACUCCCCUCCGUGGGACAGGUCAGGACGUGGAAGGAACUUUGACAGUCAUAGGGAACUUGAUAGUGAUUGGCCCAGAGAUCGUGACAGCAGAAGCAGAAAUUAUGAUGGAUCACCUUCUUGGAAUCGUGGCAGAGAUUUUGAUUCUAUGUCCGGGAGGCGGGGAGAGUACCGUGAUGAAUUUGAAAGUCCAUCACUGUCUCGGAGGUCGAGGGCCUACGAUGGCGAUUUUGAAGUUCCUCCGAUGGGGGGAAGGUCGAGUCACUAUGACAGUGACUUCAAUGGUCCUGCCAUGGGGGGUAGGUCGAGGGGUUAUGACGAUGACUUUGGUGGAAGCAGGCGGUACGAUGAUAUGGACAGAGAGUGGGGCCCGAGCAGGGAUUAUGGUGGAGGAGGUGGUGGCAGCUCUUGGAGAGACAGGUAUUAAGCCACAAAAUGUAUUCCUUGAAACUAAAAUUUAUGACACCAUAUUUUAUCUGGUGUUAAUGAAAUUUGUAGCUACUUGUAUGUAAUGAUGUCUCAUAAAUUGAAUGGCUAUCACAAACACAUAACAACAGUGAGUGAUUAUGUAGUAGUAUUUGCACCACACUCACACAAAAUUUUGGUUUCACAUGAGAGUAAGUUUUUGUUUGGUGCUUAUCAAAUGAUAAAUAAAUAAGUGAAAAAAGUGAAAUAUGAUUGUUAUCAAUUUUUCAAUAUAGAGAACUGUAUGCCACUUACGCUACACAUUCUUGGUGACGUAGGCAGUAGACAUUCCAUUUUUCACUACAAAUUGACUUCAUAAUGAUCAAAAAGUGUCAUUAAUAAAGCUGUACAUUCAAAAUUAUUUACCAGUUUUAGUUUCAAGCUGUUUUAAUUAAUUUUCUAGUUGAGACCCGUGUAUAUUGUGUGUGCAGAUAUUAAAAUCUGUAUUGUUUUUUGUGCAAUGAAUCUGUUUCAUUCAUUUUCUUUCUCUGUCAAUAAAAGGCACAGUAGUACUGUGAUUAUGAUGUUUGUUUAAAUGCAUAAUAUUAGAAAAUUGUUGGCUUGUUCACAUAGCAUUUGAAAUGAGCUAAUUAUAUGUACUUGAAAAUUUGUCAAUGUGGAUUCAAUUUUAUGUGGUCAGAUGCACUGUUGUGAUUUGUAAUGUAUGUAGUUGUAGUGUAUGAUAUCUCA